AUGGCCGAUUCGUCUAAUCAACCAAAGCUAGAUCAACAGCAAUCACACCAGCCACUGCUCGCUCCGCAGCUGAUAGCAGUUAAUUCGACAGCUACAAUUCCUCAGUCAACCAGUCUUCCUGUGGCCCGCCCAGCUGCACCAGUCAUCGUCCGCCCACACAUAAACCAUGCUAGUCCCGCUCGAAGUCUUUUCGUUAUCCGUCCUUCUACUGCGACCACUGUCGCCUCCCCCGCUUCUCGGAUAAUUGUUCAGCAGACUUCACCACAUCCAAUCGUUGCUCAAACCGUCACGCCGGCCAUACUAACACCAUCGCCUCUGGAUACAGAUAAUCAGCCGGAUGCCAGCAACGCUCCUGUCGCAACCCUUCUUCGUAACGCACCCAUUUCGAUGCGCUUUGACGGGCAGCCACAUCCUGUGACCGCAAAGCCAUUGACCGACCGAUUAUCAGUUUUUCAUCGGUUUCCUUGCGGUCCUGGAAAUUAUGCGGCAACUGCGACCAAACUAAAGGUUUCGCCGGCAACCCAAGGACCUACCCCCUCAUCACCACAGCGCAAGGUGAUUCGAGAAAUGCAGGUCAGGGUGUGCACUCGGCCGGACCGCAAAUUCAGUGUUUUGCGUUACAAUGCCUACGAUCGAAUUGAUUUAUCGGGUGCUUCCAGUGGUACUCCCAGCGGAGACAAUAAAAGCUCCGGUUCCACUCUUCAGGAGGUUUUUCUGCAACGUGAAAACAACCUUCGCCAAUACAAAGCCACACACAGCAUUGUAGAUGCACCGACUCGUGGAGCAGGCAGUGAAUUUGGUCAAGAGGCGAAGGAGGAGGCUCGCUUGCGUAGACUGGGAAUCGUUCGACAGGGCUAUCGGGUGGAAGAUCAACCUUGGCUUCUCACUGUAGGUAAGGGACGCACGGCGAAGCGCUACAAAGGAGUUAGGGAAGGCAACGUCUCCGCUAAUGUGAGGCACUUCAUAUUCUGCCAGACAAAAGACGGAAAUUUUGAUGCAUAUCCUGUACAUGAAUGGUACAAGUUCAACCCCGAAGUUAACUAUCGCUUCCUUCGAGACGAGGAGGCCGAAGCAGAAUACAGUCGUCGUCACAAGACAAUGAAUCUGUUUAACGUCAUGGUCAAGCGAAAAAUGGGUGACGAAUCCACUGAAGAAGGCGCUGUAGACAUCAAUGAACCCAAUAUCCGAACUCGUACUGGCAUGGGUUCCAUUUCAAAGAGUGAUAAGUCGGUGAAGCAAAACCGUUCCUCGGCUCUUUUGCUUACAGAAUUGGAUGAGUGGAAGGGUUUGGGGCUGGAUGACGAUGACGAUGAGGAGGAAGAGGAUGGUAAUGAGGGGGGCGCUGGUGACGAAGAGACUGCUAAAACAGGCGAAGUGGACGAUAGUUUCAUGAAGAGGUCUGAUGACGCAAAGAAAAAGAAAACUGACAGUAAGAAAAAGCGUGCUGCGGCGAUUGUAGCACGAAAGCGCCGAGCCACAAAACAACGCGCUCGUCGACGACGAAAAGGAGCCCUUGGAAACUCCUCUGGAGAGGAAGAUGACGUCAACGAAGAAGCUUGGGAUGAAAGUGAUCCUGACGAUCAUGAGGGUGAUGAGGUGGACUACAUAACUGACUCAUCAUCUGAUGAGGAGAAACUCUCAGCAGAUGAUCGAGAACAAAUUUAUCAGGAACAAGGCGUCGACGAGGAGGCUGGCCUCAAAGCCCUACUUACUGAUAUCAGUGAUUCAGAGGAGGAACUUCAAAACAAGCCCGAAGAUUCCAAUUUUGACGAGUAUGACUUGGAAGAAGAAGAGGCUGAAGGUGAUGGGAACAAAACCGGUUCUGACGGAAACGAACACAAAUCCAAAUCUCGUGAGUCCAAGGCCCAUCGAAUCAAGGCUAAUUCCUUGGAUUCAUCUUCGAAUGACGAUGACAGUGAUGAGUCUAGUGACGAUUCAUCGAGUGACUCAUCGUCAUCCUCCGGCUCUGACUCCGAUUUAGCGCCUGACGACCCUGCUCAUCUCGCUCGAAAAGCACAGAAAAAGGAAGAACUACUUCAGCGAAUUUCGGAAAAGGUAUCCGUUUCACAGGUCGAAGAUCAGCCGUCGUCUAUUACAGGAGUUAAAAGAUUUAGAAAUGAAACAGCAUCCGCGCAUGCCGAUCCACAAAACGCUCCUAAACGCCCAAAGCAAGUUGAACCGGCGAGUGAUGAUGCAUUUACGGCGGCCGUGCGAAAAUAUCUAAUGCGGAAGCCUAUCACAGUAUCAGACUUGUUGAAAAAAAUUCGUUCAAAGCGACUUGUUCCACAUGCAUCGCAGCCUGGCCGUGGCACCGGUGGUUCGGGUACCGAUGAUAUUGCAGAAACUAUGUUAGCUAACGCACUGCGUCAACUGAGACCUCUCAAACACAUAGUUAACGGGCAGCCCUUUCUUUCGCUCAAGCGGUGA